AUGGAGAAAGCCUCAGUAAGGGGGCGCGAUCCUAACACAGAAAAAUCACACGAAAUACUUGGGGGUAAUAGUGGACAGCAAACUGUCAUGGAAGCUAAAUUUACCAUAAUCACGUUUUGUCAUGGCUUUGGCUUGGGUUGGUUUUCGGUGAUACUGGCUAAACUACAAUCGCCCAUUGAAACUGAGCUGGAUUUCGUGAUCACCUUGAAUGAAGGCUCAUGGAUUGGUGGGCUGAGUUCGCUCGGCGGAGCUACAGGCAAUAUUGUGUAUGGCAUUUUAGCGGAUCUCAUAGGACGAAAAGCUAGCAUCUAUGUGUUGGCUAUACCGUAUAUAAUUUCCUGGAUACUCGUUUAUCUUGCAAAAUCAGUCGAAUUUUUGUAUGUGAGUCGCUUUCUGGCUGGCGUCACAGGCGGCGGCACUUAUGUCAUCAUACCGAUCUUCAUUGGCGAAAUAGCAGAACCCAAAAUACGCGGCCGUUUAACUUCGCUUUUCUCGCUCACUCUAAAUAGUGGCAUAUUUCUUGGUUACAUAAUAACCGCACGUGUACCGUACCAUUAUAUACCCAUAUUGGGUGUAGCUUUGCCACUAAUCUAUAUGUUGUUGGAAAUAUAUUUCCCAGAAACACCAAUGUUUCUGCUGCAGCGCGGCCUGGAUGCGCGCGCUAAGGAAUCGUUGAAAUUCUACCGCAACUUCCAAUCGACUACAAAAGAGAGUUUGCAAGAGUUCGAAGUUGAAUUUGAUAAACUGAAGAGUGCUGUGUCUAGCAGCAAGAAUAGCAUGAGCAAUGUGACCUGGCGUGAUUUUUGUAAUAAGGAAGCUUUCAUUGCCUUUGGCAAUGGUUUCGUUUUGAUGCUGCUCAACACUUUCUGUGGUGCAUACGCGAUACUCUACUAUACAUCGAGCGUUUUUGUACAAGCUCGCACCGAAUUGCAUCCAGACAUUAAUACCAUCAUAGUUGGCUUGGUGCAAGUAACCGGUGUCUAUACGGCAACAAUUUUGGUCGACAGAUUUGGGCGCAGACCUCUGUUGAUAUUCUCAUGUGCUGCCACAAGCGUGGGCAUGGGUAUCUUUGGCUUAUACGGCUAUCUAUUACAAAAUACUACUGUCGUAGUAUCCGUAUUUAGCUCAUGGCUGCCAUUGGUGAAUGUGUGCUUCAUUAUGUUUGUGGCCAAUUCGGGCCUAAUACCAAUACCCUUUGUACUGCUGGUGGAAUUAAUGCCGUCAAAGAUACGAGCGAAAGCGUCAGCCAUUUGUUUGAUCAUAUUUAACAUCAUAGGUUUUGUUCUGAUGAAAAUGUUUCCAAUAUCUUUGGCUGCUUUCGGCUUGUCUGCGCCAAUGUGGCUUUUUGCCGUCACAUGCAUCCUCGGCUUGGUUUACAUUACAUUCUUUAUAAGAGAAACCAAGGGCAUGUCGCUGAAUAAAGUGGAACCGGAAGCGUGAGUUUCAUAUAGUAAUGCAUGGUACAAAGAGAACACAUAAUUUAGCGAGAUUGAGAGUCUUGAAAUUUAGAAUUAAAACUUAGUAGUAAUAAGGCUAGUAAUAAGCUUACCUAUAGCAAGUAAUAAUAAUAAAAGUAGCAGUGAUUUAACAGAGACUUGCGAGUAUCACUCGGCUUGUAGACGUACUGUUCUUUUUUGAAAACUUUUCACCGAGGAUAUUUGCUGUUGCAUUUUCUCAACUGCACAAUCUCAACGCCACUUAAAUCUAGGGAACUAAUUUACACAGGAUCUAUGGCCCUGUUCACGUGUACGAACAGGCGCACUUAGGCCAUGGAAAAGGAGUGAAU